UCCGGAAGUGAACACCCGGCUCCCGCAUGCUGCUUCUUGUUGUGGUAGAAGAAGCAUCAUGGCGGCCCCUCUGGAGGUGAUCGUGAGCAGCGACUCUGGCUCUCAGAUGUGGAACAGCACCGUGUUCGACCUGCUCAGCGGCUCCAGCCUGCUCUCCUACCGGGGAGGGAGCUCCUCUGCCCGGGGGCUCACUCUGCUCAGCGGGGGGUACCUGCUCUGCGCGCAGCUGGGGAAGAACUUCAUCAACGUGUGGGAGAUCCAGAGGAAGGACCAGCUGCAGCAGAAGAUCGUGUGUCCAGGUGUGAUCACCUGUCUGACCGCCUCACCUGACGGACUCUUUCUCGCUGCUGGGGUGGCUGAGGGCAUUUACCUGUGGGAGGUGUCCACAGGUAAGCUGCUGUCGGUGCUGAACCGUCACUAUCAGGACGUCACGUGUCUGAAGUUCACCGACGACAGCAGCCACUUCAUAUCUGGAGGAAAAGACAACAUGGCUCUGGUGUGGAGUCUGUGCAGUGUGAUCCAGCUGGAUUUGAACGCCCCCCCAGAGCCUCGUCACAUCCUGUCCCGUCACUCUCUACCAAUCACAGACCUGCACUGCGGCCUGAUGGGAGCUCAGGCUCGCGUCGCCACCGCCUCCUUAGACCAGACCGUCAAGGUGUGGGAGCUGUCCUCAGGUGAGCUGCUGCUCUCCGUUCUGUUUGACGUGGAGAUCAUGUCGGUGACCUUCGACCCCUCGGAGUACUUCCUGUUCUGUGGAGGCAGCGACGGGAACAUCUUCCAGGUCUCACUCUGCAGCCAGAGUCUCAGCCGGGAAAAAUCAUUUCAGUCGGACAGCGACGGAGACACGACCUUCAAAGGACACAGGAACUUGGUGACGUGUCUCUCGGUGUCGAUGGACGGCACGCUGCUGCUCUCGGGGUCACAUGACGAGACGGUUCGACUCUGGGACAUCCAGAGCAAGCAGAGCAUCCGCUCCCUCGCACACAAAGGUCCGGUGACGAACGCUGUCAUCAUGGCGGCUCCAGCGAACAUGUUCCUCCCCGACAGUCGUCCGGCCGUCCCUCUGCCGAGGUUCAGCCGACACCUGCAGGCCUCUGAAGGGGGCGGGGCCUCAGAGGUGUGUGUCCGCCCCGCGCUCUACACACAGGAAGAGGAGCUGACGUACAUGCAGAAAGCUGAUAUGCUGAACUUGUUGAUGAACGCUGUGACGGACAAGUCGGUGUACGGAGACGGGGAGAACACGAAGGUUCGAGUCUCCGAGCUGGAGGAGGAAGUUCAAACUCUGAAGAAAGUCAACAAAGAUCUUUACGAGUUCACCAGCCAGCUGCUCACCAAACCCACAUAAACACACACACAGACUCACACACUGAUACACACAUCCCUGUGAACAUGUGCACACGUUAAAACUGUCUGUGAUGAUUUUGUUUUUAUAAAAUAAAAUUAAUUUGUUUUGGUAAAA